CUCAAGUUGAAUUCGCAGCAGAAAUGCGUUGUUGCGCGGAUCCUACAUGGCGGCCUUAUUCAUCGACAAGGUUCACUUCAUGUGGGGGAUGAAAUCCUUGAGAUCAAUGGAAAGAGCGUCCAAAGCCAAAGUGUAGAUCACCUGCAGAGUGUAUUGAAAGAAAGUAAAGGAACGGUGAUGCUGAAGGUGUCGCCCACACAGAGUAACCGCAAGCCGCCCCUACAGAUGUUUGUGAGAGCGCUGUUUGAUUACGACCCUCUGUCGGACGCGCUCAAUCCUUGCCGGGAGGCCGGGCUGCGAUUCCGCACCGGAGACGUGCUGCAAAUCAUAAACAAAGACGACUCCAACUGGUGGCAAGGGAAGACGCAAGGGGCGGAGACUGCUGGUCUCAUACCCUCCCCUGAGCUGCAGGAGUGGCGAGUGGCGAGUUCCAAUACAAAGAACCACAUUCCUCAGAGCUGCAGCCCCUUCAGCAAGAAGAAGAAGUGCAAGGAUAAGUAUCUCGCCAAGCACAGCUCCAUAUUUGACCAGCUUGAUGUGGUGUUGUAUGAAGAAGUGGUGUCCCUCCCGGCCUUCACACGGAAAACUCUGGUGCUGAUUGGUGUCAGCGGAGUCGGCCGGAGUCACAUAAAAAAUACUUUACUUACCAAAUAUCCAGAAAGAUUUGCUUAUCCUGCACCACACACUUCCCGGCCCCCCAAGCGUGGAGAAGAAGACGGGGCGGCCUAUCAUUUUGUGUCUGUGGACGACAUGAGCAAAGCCAUCUCCGAAAAUCUCUUCAUGGAAUUCGGAAGCUUCAAUGGCUACAUGUUCGGGACCAAAUUCCAGACUCUAUCCGACAUCCACACAGAGGGGAAGGUGGUUGUGCUGGAUAUAGAACCGCAGACUCUGAAGAUGGUGCGCACCGCAGAACUGGCGCCAUUCAUUGUGUUUGUGUCUCCUACCGAUACUGACAAAUCCGAUGCGCUGCUUAAGCUCCAUGCCGACUCUGAAGUCCUCCGCGCUCGCUAUGCACAGUACUUUGACCUGACUCUGGUCAACAACGACGUGGAACAGACUGUGAAUGAUCUCCUAGAAGCUUUUGAUGCUGCAUGUGCCUCUCCGCAGUGGGUCCCGGUGUCCUGGGUAUACUGAUUCCUAUUCUUUAUUACCGUUCCCAACCAUCCACUCCAUCGCCAGCUCCGCAUACAAACCUCUUACCUUCCUAAUUGGCAGUUACAGAUCUUACCAGGCCUGUGCUAAUGAGUAGUUCAGUGUUUUCUCCAGUUCUGGUCAUCAGAAAUGGUCUUUUAUUAUGUGACGUACCCUGGAGACCGGCAUAUUUUAUUCAGGUCCUAUAUUUGCAAUAUCAGAACCUGGUGUAUUGCCCCUUUAAGUCGUAGAAGUAUGGCCUGGUGUUCCUCCCCGGUGUGGUUCAUCCACUUAUCAGCAUUUGGCAUCUGUGGCACGCCAGGGUGGUGACAAGGCGAGGCUUAUAGAGUGGGGCGGGGCUUUGUGUCACAUGGACAGACUGUGAGUGUAGCGCUGAUGCGACAGCUAGGCACUGCUAUAUAUAUAUAUAUAUAUAUAAUCAAACUAUGAAGGGUUAAAAGAGACCCCCGUCACCAACAUAUUGCAGGUUUUUUUUUUUUUCUUGCAUUGUCUGACUACUCCAGGAGAGUAAAUCUGUAGCACAGCCUCCGCCCUCCACGUUAGACAUUCCACUUCUGGGAAUGUCUACGGUCAGUGCUGCUCCAGCUCCUCCACCCAUCACCUCCUUACAUAGCCCUUUAUGUAGAUGCCAGGGGAGGAGCCCAGUGGAAUACUAUGAGCAAGGAUAGGCAACCUUGGUGUGCCUUGGCUGUUGAACUACAAAUCCCAUGAGGCAUUGCAAGAGCAACCAGCCACAGCCGUCGCCUCCAUACAUAACCCUUUUAUGUAGCUGCUGGGAGGGGGAGCCAAGUGGAAUGCUAAGGAGCAGGGAUCUCCAAACUACGGCCCGCCAGCUGUUGCAGAAUUACACUUCCCAGGAGGCAUUGUAAAACAUUCACA